UUGGAUGGGUGUGUCCACAUGAGAAGAGGCUCAAAAAUGCUGGGGAUUGUCUUGUUUUCUAUUUGUCCCCUGCUGGAUAAGUACAUAUAUUACUACAGUAUGUAUAUUACUACAAUAUCUCUAGGAAAUGUACAUUUCUUCAUUACAACGCACAAAGUUGCUUUGAGCAACAUCCGACUUUCACAUGCGUGGCAGUCAAAUGUGAAUGAAUGUGAACUACAAGGUGUGCACAUGUUGUACAACACAGGUCUUGUGAAAAAGUGUGAAUGCCUGGUUGUGGCUUUAAAUAGUCACGUAUGAAACCAGGCAAAGUGUCACUUGACUUCCUCUUCCAGCUCACUUUGAAGAAGCAACAGCGGAUCGUGCAGCUUUCUGUUCCGCAGAGCACAAAUGGACAGCAGUACUCAAGGCGGGAAAGCGUUCGGCAUCCUUAAGUCUCACCAAGAAGACAAACUGAAGUCCAUCAAUGAGGCUUUUCUGUCCGAUGAGCAGUAUGCAGAAGUGGAAGACCUGCCUGAAAAACUGGACAUGUUUAAAAAAAAAUACAUGGAGUUUGAUCUGAAUGACAAAGGCGACAUCGACAUGAUGGGGUUAAAACGGAUGCUGGAGAAACUGGGAGUGGCUAAGACUCACAUGGAGCUGAAGAAGAUGAUGUCAGAAGUGUGUGGAGGAGCUUCCAAGGAAACCUUCAGCUAUGUGGAUUUCCUUACGAUGAUGCUGGGGGAAAGAAAUGCCAUUCUAAAACUGAUCCUCAUGUUUGAAGGCAUGAGCAAGCAAGAGGAGAGAAGACAUGUUGGACCACCUGCUGCUAAAACCUUCUCAGAACUACCCUGAAGAUAUUUAAUGUCCACAUGAAAACACCCUUGCUAAUAUAUCACAGAAUUGUCACUUUUCUACGGAACUUCUGUAAAUGUUUUGAAGUCCAAUGUACAAUGCAGUGGAGGCUUAACAGUCCAAAUACUUUUUCUUUGUCCUUUCCUGUGUUGUCCAAUCACAAAUAAACAGCAAUGAGACGACAA